AGGGAACGAUGUGACAUGUUUUAAGGGGGGAGAGGGUUGUCGUUGCACCAAAGGGAUUGGGUUCGAAAUACGGUACCAGCACACUUUAAGAAGGUGGGUACAAUUUCACCGAAAGAUUGAUUUCCACCAAUUCGUAAGCGCCCCCUCCCCCUCUCUCGUGCCUUUCUUUUCAUUUCUUUCAAUUUAGAAAGCACAGUCUCUCUCUCUCUCUCCUCCCUCCCUCCCCCUAGGUUCCACGUUCAAACGCAGGAAUUAACGGUGCAUGCUGAGUUAUCAUGGGCAGGUAAUUAGUUUGUUUGCGAUUCUUAUCGCCUCCCCCUUUUGUAGUCGUAAUAUUGAGUCUUGCAAUGAAGUUAGGGGGGAAAAUAAUCAGAGAAAAAAAAAAGAAAAAGAACAAUUAGAUUGAUGUAAUAAUUUGACCAUCGUCGGCAAGAACUUCACAAGAGUCUCUGCCCUUUAAAUAUCGUUCGCUGUGAGCCUGGUGUGUAUUAGCCGUUGCUUCAAGUGCCAGCGUGAACUCGUGUGUUGUUCUGCAGUUAACACGCCUGUACUGAAGAUUUAGAGUCUAGUUGAUUUCCCUUACAGUCUUUCAAACAAUGAGGAUUACAGCAGCAGAGACUAGGGUCCAGUAGAAAGGAUUUUCUAUUAGAUCUAGAGGGAUUCCAAGAGAUGAGUUUUCUGACUUUCUUUGGCUUAUUAUUCUAAGACUCAACAUUCCCGAAGGAGCAGUAACAAUAAAUUAUUAAUUAGAUAACAACAACCCAAGAAGACUGUCUUUUACAAUUAUUGAUAUUCAAAAGGUUGGCAUAUAUUAGAAUAAAUAAACUGUUCAAAUGGCUGAAAUUCGAAUUCCAACGGAUCAGAUACCUGCAGACAUUUUGCAAAGGCUCCAAGCCAUGAUUCCUCAGAUACAUUUCAGCGGAGGCCAAUCCCAACCAAACAAUAAUUUCAUUCCUGCUAAAGGCAUCGCCCCGUCUCAACAUUCACCUCCAGCGGCGAGACCAGCCAGUUUUUCGAAAUCCAGAAGCUUCAAUCGGACUUCUCCAGACAAAAACCGUUCUGCGAACCACGAGGAGGACGAAGUCGAUGGAAAUGACUCUAUCGUUCACGCCUGCAAUAUCCAACCGGCAGCGCUGGCUGCUCCAGAUGUCAUGGAUGACUCUGACAUUGUCAGAAUAUUCCCUUUGAUGAAUGAUUGCAAACCAAAGUCUAAAAAUAGCGCUGAUGUCGUGCGAAUUUUCGAAAAUGGUCCGGAUGGCGUUCAGAGGUUUGCUAAUACGACCGGCAAUGUUCGUAUAGAUGAAGACGGCAAUAAGGGGCAACAGAGAGAAACAUGCACAAAUUCAGACAUUGUUCGAGUAAUGUCCCCCGUUGUGCACAGAGGCUUCGUCCACGUGAAUUCCAAAUCUGAUCUUGGCAAAUCUUGCCUCCCAUCUGAUUCUCUUAGAAAUGUAAAAAGCAGCGCUUCUUGGAGUGAGUCAAAUCCUCCACAGCGAGAAAGAAUCAAACAGAAAAGUACAAGCAACAGAAGGCAUUCCAACAGCGUCUUGGCAAACCCUGACACCACGUACAGAAAAACACAGACACCUUGUCCAAAGCUUGACAAGGGGGGCCAGGGACCAAGCCACAUGUUCUACCUUCCUCAUACAGCUAUGUCACGAGAAGGAUCAGCAUCAACGACGAUCCCCCUCGUGACUGACCACGAGAAGAGUCGUUCUCACCAGAACUAUUCAGACACCAACAUUGCUGUGCAGAUGAAUGAAGACAAUGAUCUCGAGGAUGAUGAGGUCUUCAGUAUAGACAUGAGAUCUAAACAAUGUAUAUCUGAGACUCUCAAGCCUAUCAGUAAUGAAACUUACCAGAAGAUGUAUGAGACCACUCCUGUAAGAGAUCUAUAUGUGUCACAUGAGCCAAUCAAAAGCCGCAUUUCUCCAUUCAACACUGCUAAGGUGAUGUCAGAGAUUUCAUUCGGCGACAGACAAAACACUAGAAAACGACUAUCUUUUGAUGAGAGCGAGACUUCUCCAUUUAAGUUUCCUUCUCAUGUGGCCCAGCAGGUUAUGCAGAGCAUUGUGUCUAGCAGUGCUGCUUCGACAGUCUGCAGUCUGCCCAGUACGUCUUCUGCGAGUAGAAUCUCCAGCCCUUCCACUUUUAGCCAGAGACAGAUCUUAGCCCAUCCUUACGGGCAUUGUGGUUCCCAAGACUUUGAAUUCACUUACAGCAGCCCAUCAAUUCAGGAGCGUUACCCUAAGCCCAUGGGAAAUCCAGCAUCGACUGCAUGCGGGCUUACUGUCAGCGAAAUCAUGCAAAAGCUGGAGCAGGUCUCAAGCAAGCUUGCACAGGUGUCUGGUGGAUCGAGAGCUAGAAUAAGAUCAGAUGGUGAUGAGAAUAGUUUAGAAAGUUGUACCCAUGCACAGCUUCCGCCAACAAGAACAAGGGGUCAGACAUUUUCACAUGGCAAGAGGAGAAAACUAGAUUCUUCUUUCUCUGGUGAUGACGAAGACCACUUUAGUAGCAACCAGUUUCCCAAUUCACAGGAUCAGCCAGAUGAGGCUCUUGAGGACUGCCAGUGCUCAGCAAUUGAAAAUCAUAUUUUGCAAGUGGCUGAACAAGCGUACAAGAGCAUACGUAGGAUGGAUGGGUCAGUGGAGGAUUUUGAACGCUUCCGGAUAGAAUUGGCAUCCACAAACACACUCCUGAAAGAGUCGAUAGCCAACAUCUUCAAUUUGAAGACAAUAUGCCAGCACAAGAGUAGGAGUUCCUCUUCUUCGUCCUCAUCCUCACUACAGACACGGCCCUCUUAAUUACAUAGAGAUAAUGCAUUAAAUUUUUAAAAUGAAUUUUCGGUGUGGUACAAGAUGAAUAUAGUUAAAUAAUGAUGAUAUAAUCUUUGUUACCAAUUGUUUAUUUGAAUUCUUUCAUCAAAUUACUGCUUAUAUAAGUAUAUACAUGUAGCACUUUAGCUACUUGUUCAUAUUUAUGUACAAUGUUCAGUAUGGUUAGAUAUCUGAAUAUUUAAUUUUAGCAGUUAGUAUAACUGUAUUGCAAAAAAAAAUAUUUAUUAAUUUUCUUAUACACAAAUUUGAUCUUACUUCUUAUUUUUUUAAUUGUUGUGUGUGCAUAUAUAAUUUGUAAAAAUAAAAAAAAGAUGUUUAUUAUUUACCAUUACCUAACUCACUUGUCGCAAUGUGCUUAGACUUUAUUAACACACGUGGCAAUGUGAUUAGUAUUUAUUAGCACACUUGUUGCAAUGUGUUUAGUCUUUAUUAGCACACUUGUCGCAAUGUGUUUAACACACUUGUCAAAAUGACAGUGAAAAAAAAUACUUCUACAUUCCAGUUGUAAAAUACAUUCCAUUAAACUGUAACUAUUAUGUCUUGUUACAAAAAAAAAAAUUGCCUUUUUAAAUUAUUAAACAUUUAUUAAUAUCUUAGUCUUUAUAUAUAUGCAUACCAUGUGUUAAAAAUGUCUGAACAAGAAUUUUAUUCCGCAACUAAGAAUUUUACAAAAUUAGUUUUUAUAUUAUGAUUUUCUUUUUUUGUAAGGGUAGUUAAAAAUUUCAAUUAAAUAAACUGUUUUUAGUAGAGGAAGCUUUAUUUUCUUUUUAUAUAAAAUUUUAAGCUGUAAGUAAAAUAGGGCUGAUGCAUCAAUAUUUGAAAUAAUAUUGAUAAUUUUACACUUUUUAUUUUAAAUUACUUAAUGUCAAUGACAGGCAUCUUAACACACUGUUUUAGUAUGUACACAUUUUUUUGAGAUAAAUGUAUAAUUUUAAUAACUUCUAAUUAAUGAAUGUAUUAUUUUUUUGUAAUAGAUGUGAAUUAUAUCUGUGUGGGGAUGAUAUAUGUGAUAUUGUGUAUAUAGUACUUACAUUUUAUUACCUUUGAGUUGAUAAACUGAUUUAGACUGGAACACAGUUAAAAGUUACUCAUGCAUAUUUUCCAGGUGACAUAUAUGUUUCAUAUAUGUUGUUGUGUUAUGUAUCUCUUCACAACUGACCCUUAACCUUUCACAAUGCUGCAACUACAAUACAAAACCCUUUUUUUUUACCUUGUGUAAAAUUUGCAUCAAUAAUUUGAAAUAAAGUGGUGUACUUUAUACAUUGUUCAAUACUGCUGCCAAACUCUUAGAAUUCUCAUUUUAUGUUUUAUGAUAAAUUUGCGAAAAAACAAACAAACAAGAUAACAAUAUUAGAAAAGCAAUAAUAGUCAUAUUAACAUUUAUGAAUGAACAUUCUUGGUAGGAUGAACAUCCUCUACAUUAGUGAACAAUACAUUUGAUUCUUUUUGUACAAAGGCAUAAAAGUAAAGUAUAGGACAUAUUUCAGAUGACAAACUCCAUUAGAGUUGAUGUUCAUGUUUGACUAUCUGCUGUAAAUAGUUACAAAUCAACUAUUUUAAAAGUGUGUGAUUUGCUUAAUAUAAAAAAACAGAAAAAAUUUUCUUUUUUUUUUCUCUGUGUGAUUUAAAGUAUUAUAAAAAAAAUAAUUUAUUUUUUAUUUACAUUAUAUAAUUUCGUCUACCUCUCUAUAAAGCUGUAUCAAAGAUAAACAGAUCUUUCAAAACAUUCUCUAAGUUAAACUAACGAAAAAAGAAAAAAGAAAUAUUGACUCAAAUUUCAUUUCUUUAUGGUUGUACUUCCAGCCAGUAAAACAGUAUGCAUUGUAAUGUAAGAUAGUGCAACCAAACAUUUCUAGAAAGAAAAUCUUUUGGGCUUACAUUUAAAAUAUAUUUAUAUAUAUUGUGAUAUCAUGCUCAAGAAAAAUCACAGUCAAUAUUUUAAUAUUGUGAUGCAAAAAUGUGUGAUACAAUAAGUGAACAUAGAUUCAUAAAUUAUUUAUAUUUAACUUCAUAUUUAGGAUAAAUUUAUUUAAAGUGAAUUAGUUUCCGCUCUAUUUUUUUUUAUUGUAGGAAAAUAGCCAACCUUUUUACUAUAAGACCAUCAUAAAAUUUUCUUUGAUAAAUGAAUAAAAAAUUUCUAAAAGGUAUUUUGCGUACUUGAUUUGGGCUGAUACAUAGAUGGAUUGCAUAUUUUCACAGAUUCCUUGUGAUACUAAUAUAUUUAUUUAAAAUGCUUAACUUCUAAGUUAUUGGCUUUCUAAAUAUUUAUUGCUCAAAGAAAACAUACAAUAUUUAUAUAUAAAAAUUUGGGGGUUAACUGUGUGUAUAUUUAAAUAAAAAAAAAUGUGUGUGUCUAAAUUUUAAAAAUGUGUAUAAAAUAUAAAAAGUGAUACAUCAGAGUAGCAUUUUAAAUUAGCCACAAAGCUGUGGUUGUGAUGUUACUGCUUCUGUGUUUAUGAAUAGGAGACAUAUUAGGCACAGUGAAAUCUGCGGUGUACAGUUCCUCUUUAAAUUUUUUUGUUUAAAUAGAUGUGAACAUUAUUAGAAUGAACUGAAUAAUAGUUUGGGAUUGAAAAAGAAUUUAUCACACAUUUUUGAACAAAAAUAUAAUAAAGUUUACUGUACCUAGUUUUAAAUAUUAAAUAAUAUUUGUGUGUGUGUGUGUAAUGAUGUGGCUCAAGUUUAUAGUUUGUAAAUGAACAAAACAAAUGAAGAAAUGCAAAAUUGUCAAUUAAUCUCUCUGAACAUAGCGGUAAUGUAGUAGAGAGACCAAGCUUUUGAAAUGUUUAUCUGUCACAUAUUUUAAGUACUGUGUGUACUGUAUAAUUUCAUGUUUAUGUUAAUGUGAGUGAAAAUACAGGAACUUUAAAUGUGUAACUUUUUUAAUGCCCAAGAAGUUAUUGCAGUUCAAGAAAGUUUACUUCAGAUCCAAAACUUCUUGUAAGGACAUUCAAAACAUUUGUCAUUUUUAGUGUAGGCAUUGCUCAAAAGGCUAUGUGAACUACUAUGAGAUUGUAACCAAUACAAUACAUUUUUUCUUGUUACUGCUAAAAAAAUUUUGAGAAUUAUUUACAAUAUACAGUGUCCCCAGUGUCAUUUUUUUAUAUUCAUUAUCAAAGCAUUCCAUUCUUUUGUUCAAACUAAGCCCACAUUUUAUAAUUAUAAGACAUUCCAUUAUACAUUCCAUUCUUCAUUCCAUUAUACACUUUACACAUUAUGCACAUUGGUUCUUGUAAUGCAUUUGAUAAAAGAUUUAGACAAUGUUUUCUAUUGCUCAUUCAACCCACUGCCAAAAUGUUCAGCUUGAUACGUUAUAACAAAAAAAAGCAUUUACCAAUCUCAACGUCCAAAUGUAUUAUUGAUUUUACUUCAUGAGUUCAGUUUUAUGUUGCUUUUUUUUUUCUCACAGACUUGUUGUUUAGUCUGAUCUGACUUUUGGAAAACUGCACAUGUUUUGUGGUUCAGUUCCCUAUAAUUUGUUUUACUUCUCUGUUCCUCCCACUCAGUAUGAUCUUAGAUAUUUUUACCAGGAGUCUAACAUUCUGUGAAAAUGAAAACAGAAAUUCCCUAUUGGCUUCAAUGUUGUUUUUUUUGUUUUUUUUUAUAAAUAUACUACCAAGAUAUGACCCGUGGCCUGCGGGCCUUAGUUUGGGUAUAACUAAUCUACUGGAUUGAAUUAGCCGUGAAAAUAGAAGUAGAGUGGGGUUUACAUAUUCGUAUUAAAUGUAAAAUACUGUGAAGUUCUUUAAUAAAGAUACAAUUAGAUACUUUGUGUGUAUUUUUAGGACCCUCCAGUUUUGGGAGGAACAUUUUACAUUUACUACGGUCUCUGCCAUGAUCUAAGGAGCAUUUAUGCCUAACCCUAGCAAGAUUGGUCAAAUGGUUUUGAUUUUUAUUUGGGACAUUCAUACAUACAUAAUUACACACAAACAUACAUAUGCCUUACUUUCUGCUUUAUAUAGUAGAUAAAGUUUUAUCCGUCUUGAGUGCAUGUUUUAAUCUGUAUUUGAUGCUAUUAAUUUUUUAUCAGAGUAGAAAUUUCAUUUUAUAUAUCAUGAAAUAAAUUCUUUGAUCUUUUGAAAUUACAACUUGUAAAUAAAGUUGGUAUUCAAGUUAAUAACAACUCGAGUGUCCUAACCCAAUCAGUUUUUCCGUCCUGCGUGUCGUAUUAUAUAACUCCUUGUAUUGGCAAAUAUAUCUUUUUACAAUAUAUAUAUAUUGUAGUAGGUAGCUAAUAGUAUUUUCUUUUUUUUAUUUGUUUUUUUUAGUGAUAUCUCUUUAUGUUAUUCAUAUUUGGAAUGAUUCUGUUUUAGAUUAAAUUCAGUUCUACUAUAGAUCUGAAAAUUUUGUUUUAGUUAUCCAAGAUGUAGUUUGAAAACAACAAAAAUUGAAUGAAGGCAUUUAUUUGAUUGCAGUUAAGAGGUGGACAUUCAUUGUAUUCCAAAACAAAAAAAAAACAACAUCAUGAACUAAGGUAUGAAUUAUUUGAAUACAAAAGCUCAGAACUUCAAACAUUUUGAAUUAAGAAAAAAAUUUAUAUGAAUGGAAUUCAGAAACAUUUUAUAACAUGAGAAUUAUUUAGAAUGUUUUUUUUUUAAUGUUUAAAGCCAAUAAUUGUUUCGAACUUCUUGAAUGGCUGUCAAAGUUUUUAAUUUCUAAAUACUAAAAAAAAAUAAUUUUAUGGGAGGACUGAUUUAAUUUUGCUCUCACUUGUAAUCUCUGUACUUUUCAUUUUUUAUGUACUUACUAAGAUUAGUUUUGUCUUUUUUAAAAAUUGUUUUUAAGUGUGUAAAUUGUAGUUUAGUAUUACAUUUUUAUACAUUUUUUACAUUUUUUUUUUUAACAUUUCUCUUUUUUUUUUGAAUGAUAGAAUUUAUUGAACUACAAAAUAUUGAUUGGUAAUGAUUGUUGUAAUUUGAGAUUCAUAUUUUUUGUUGUCCUAGUAAGUUGGAACAUGAUUAUGUGUUGUUUUAUAAUAAAUAAAUGUAUCUGGUUGUUGUUCAAUGCUCAUGUAACCCGUACUGCUGUCUGAUGCAAGUCAUCUUAUUAUAGAAUUGAUUGCAGCAUUUAAAACAAAAAUAAUUUUGUAAACUUAUGAAGUGUCACCGUCCAGAAAAUAAAAAUUCAUUUUUAAAA